AUGCGUGUACUAUAUCUUUCAGAAGUGUGCCAGGCCAUCAAUGUCACCGUCACCCCCUCUCCCUUCACGGUGGCCCAGGAGGGCGAGAACAUCACCCUGACCUGCCAGGUGUCCCAGAGACGCCGCUCCAGCAGCCUGCCCGUGGUCAAAUGGACCUUCCUGCCCGAACGUUCUUCCAGCGACAAAGAGCUCCUCAUCGCCAGGGUCAACAUGAGAAAGGCCAGGUUCUAUGGGAACUAUACCAAGAGCUUCCCCUGGCCUAAGCUGAAGCUGACAGUGGUCAAGCAAGGGAAGAUUUUCGACCUGCUCAUUAUGAACAUCUCAGCGGAGGACCAAGGACUCUACAUAUGCCGGGUGCAGGAGUUCAAGAAGCACCAGAGCCGAUGGAAGGUGUCAACGAACUGCACGGCCGCCACCGAACUUAGAGGUAACUAUGAAUUUAGGUGUAGCACUGUGUGCAGUAGAAGACAACCGAUGCAGGUGGUGGUGGUAGUAGCAGUAGCAGUAGCAGUAGCAGUAGCAGUAACAGUAGUAGUAGAACCAGAAGCAGGAAUCACAACUGGCUGACCUAAUUUAGGAGUCAUCAAUCUUGAGGAGGAGGAGAUUGUGUCAUGUGUAAUGAAAGGUCCUGUUUUUUAUUGUGGAAGGGAGUUCCAUGGUUUUGAACAAUCUUGAGAAGAAGCAAUACUUCAUAGCAAUAAGUUACAUGGCAGCUAGUGGUUACAGGGCUUUCUUAUGCUGGAACGAGAAGAUAGAGUAUAUUUUCUUCUCUGAAGCCAAUGUCAGCCCUUCAGUUCUGCCAGUUCGAUGCACAUAACAUUCUGUGAAAGGAUCUAAGCAGCAUACACAGUAGUGAAGCAGAUGUAGCGAAGCAGAUGCAAUUUCACUUUCUAAGCAAUUACUACAUUGCUUUGAGUAAAUUCAGACUGAACCACUUUUUCCAUUUUCCAUGGAAUCAUUUGUGCCGGCAGUGACAUUUGACUGUCUGUUCAUAGCCAAGUCUGAGCCAGAGCAGACAGACUAGAGCAACACCAGAAGGAAGGGAACACUGGCACCAUCACCACCAAACGCAUAUUGUAUUUGGCUACUGCCAGGAGUUUCCCUCCCCUAAGUAUUGUACACACAUACAAUCGUGGCUAGAAGUGAGUGAUUUCGAGAGUGAGAGAACAAGAGAUAUUUGUAGUAUGAGGCUCCCCAACGUCAGAGCGUCUAUGGUGUCGAGGGGGUUGGUUGAAUAGACAACUGUGUAGUAGUGCAUAUGUAACAGAGAUAAGAAGGCUCAAUACAUGGCCACCUGAUGUGUCCAACACUGCAGGAAUUCCUUUGGUCUUACGCCAUACAUCCUACUCUGCCCCAAAUCCAGGAAUAUGGUAGGCUUGGGUAUACAACCCAAAAUGUCAUAGGGUUUGAUGGUUUAGGGAAAACAAACUGAAAACAGCAUGAAAUUAGCCUCUUUCUGGGGUAAACAAAGCACCCCUUUAAACCCUGAGAUAUUUGGACAACGUGUGUGUGGGCUGGGAGAUAUUGUGCCUUUUUAAAAGGUACGUAGAAUGGUGGUGAAACGGAUGUGGUUUGGGUUCAAGUAUAGGAGCAUCAAGGUACUCUAGUACACUGGGUCCUCCGUGGUCAGGGUUUAAAAUGGGCAAGUGUAAAAACAGAGCUCCAAGAAUGAGGCCACCAUUACUUUUUCACGGGCCUCGCAUUGAGAAAGAGCGUGAUGAAUAGAGGGCAAAGAGAAGUGAAGAAAGAGGAUGUGAAAAUGACAUUUUGAAGGUGUUUGUGAUGAAGAUUGUAUGGAUUAUCACUACAUACUAGUAUUCAAUUUUAUAUAUUUUUCUUUAAGUUUCAUUAAUACUCGGAAGUAGCCCAAAGUUACCCAUGGAAUUUGUCCAUUGAUUGUGGAAUACAGAAUUUAUCCCUUUUUAAACAGAAUACAGAUCUGUCUUAGGGAUGCUAUCCAUUCGAUAUGUGUGCUCUGUGCUAUCACAGUGAGGAUAUACGAGAGACCUCCUAUCAAAAAGAAAGGGAGAGCACAUAUGAAUGGAAUCAAUUGAACAGUGAGUGAAUUUAGUUGAAUGUUUCCACUGCCAUUCAAAACCAGCCAUAAAUGGAUGACAUUUUCAAAGACACUUCUUUGGCUCCAUGCAGUGCUGUAGCUUUAUAUUAUUCAUAUUAUUCCAGCAUGUGCAGCUGGCCUUCUGGCGCUGUGCAUAAUGUCCUAUUCAAGUCAUACUGUAUGAAUCAUGGUAAAGAAGAGUCUUCUGCACCACAAUACUGAAUGCUUAAUUUUUGAACAAAAAAUGCAUGACCAAGAGUUGCUUUACCUGGAAUGAUAUAGGAACGUGCUAAAGAUUUGUGACAUAUAUUUACAGCAAGUACAUACUUGGCAAACACAACUAGAGAAAAUCCAGAGCCAAGUCUCACAGCUAGCUCUCAUCUAUGUCAGACUAAUGUUUCCAAAUAGUUGAAUGUGGGUCAUACAUAUGGUUGGCCCAGUCAUUGAAAGUGCUGGUGGUUUAGCAUAGAGGGAAAUGCUCUAGAGGUAACCCCAGUUUAAGCCCUCUGGACAGGCAGACACUCAGCCAGGCUUCAGCCCAGUAGCUCUGGCGGCUAGCUAAGCUAAGUAUGGCUGCUGUGGGAGGGAGAGGCUAGCCUGGCUGUCGUCAGCUGCUGGCGGUUUGGGGUAUUUCAGGAUGGCUUGGUGGGUGUUAGCCACCACGAGCCAGUGAUUCAGGAAGUGGAUCCAGAGGAGAGGACAGCAUCAAUACUGUCAUCCUAUGCCAACCCACCUACAAUUAGAGGUUUUUAAACUGGGUACACUGUAUAAAUAGGUGGGACGGUAGCCACAUUGAUGACUAUGGACUUCCCUUUUUUCCUUACAGUGCAUGUCCAACCAGCGACCAAGGCCAAGGAGAGUCUGUGGAGUCUGUUUGAAGGUAAGAACGUGACUCUGGUGCUCUGCAUUGUCCUUGACUAAAAUAGCACAACCACACGAAGCAUGCCAUAAAUGGUGGACAUGGAUAUUUUAAGGAUAUUUCUAAACAAGUGACUAACAACAGAAACAUGGGUCUUCAGGGUAGCACGCCUUCUUACUUGAAGGAUGACUAAUCUGGUUGGUUUUGUGGUUUUGUGUGUUUCAGACUUGUACCUGUGCGCUGUGCUGAUCUGCUCUGUGGGACUGGUGUGCAUGUGUAUGUUCACCGUGGUGGUGACCUGCCAAUAUGUACAGAGGAAGAAGAGGUUAAAAGGUGAGUAAACACACCAUGAAAUAACUCAUCUGGGCCACAUUAACAGAUCAUUUAAAGCGAAUGGACAAGGCAAGCUGAACUCUGUUUUUGCUGACAUGGCAGAAUGUUUUUCCCCAUCAUGCACCAAUGUUUCGUCUCAUUGUCUUAUAGACAACUACCACUUGGUCAAGAGCCCUCAGAACAGGUAGGCUUCUUUAUAAUUCAAAUCAAAUGUGAGCUUUACUGCAGAUACUAUGGUAGCCUAGACACAGUAUCUUAUCUGCCAUAGAUGUGAUAUGAAUUCUCCUGACCUAAUUCUGCUAUAAACAUCUCUGUCUGCUGUCUGCAGUUCAGGGGAGACGGUGACCAGUCUAGUCAGUGUGUCUCCUGCCCUGCCCAAAAAGCAGAGGAGGUACAGGAGGAAACGGAGCAAAGAGCAGUCCGAGAUACCACCAGAAAUACCAGCUAAAGGUAAACAGAACAUCCAUCACAUCUGUACCAUAUUUUCACAUAGGGAAACUUAGAAGACUAUCUUCAUACCCACAGUUGGGUAUGUGGCCUGAGGGAGGGAGUGUGGUUAACGUGGCCAUCAUAGAGGAGUUUACUGAACACUGUGUCUGAUUCCUGAUAUUAGAUUCCUGAUAUUGCUUCUACUUGCUAAUAUCACGCUGUACCUUUAGAGUAUAUAUAUGGAUCUACACUAUACUGUAUAUGCUGGCAUAGAUAAACUGGCCAAAGAGCGAAGCAAAUUCUCUAUCACUCUGUGAUAUCACAGUUUGUUACCAGAAAUAGUGCUAGGUUUAUGGUCAACUUAGCAUGCAAGAGUACAGAUUCUAAGAAAGUAACAUUUGUUCUUGAUGAUAAUAUUUUGGUUCACCCUUGAGAUUAAUAGGUUUGGCAGAGUUUUAACGUGAUUUGUCUGUCUCACAAGCAGUUCAUGUCAUGUCGUAGUAGUCUGAAUGCCUACACUUCAAGCAUUUUAUGUAUUGUGACAGAUCAGCUUGUCCGAAACACCCUAACACAGGUGGGAGACAUGAAAUGAACAGACCGGAGGCAGUGGUUGUGGUUCCUUUGCUUUUGUGUUGUCAAUAAAUAGAUUUUUCUUUCACCUGACAAAAUGAUUCCAGUACUGGGUAGCGUCCACCUCUGAAACAACAGCGAAAAAAAUUAAUAAAAAAUUAACUAAGAAGUUGACCUAAAGACCGUGGCCAAACAGGGAAAACAACGAAAGGCUUCACCCGUCUUUAGACUAUCGUCUACACAUAACAUUUACAGGGGGAACACUUCUCUCUACCUAUAGCCUGCCUUGCUUAACCGAGAGCCAAGGUGCAUCAGGAAAAGCCGCUUUCUCUGAGGUAGGCGAGUACGCCACCAUCAUCACAGGUCCCCGUGUAUGCUCCCCCACCUCAAGCUCAUCUCCUGGCACACCUUUAUAGAGGGAGACACAAAGCAAUUAGUGGGCCCAGCUGCGUACUAAUUGGCUUUACACUGAGUACCUAUCCCCUGAGGAGGGUGCUGUUGUGUCGUCUUCCUCCGGCCGGUCACUGAACUCUCACAGUAUGUUCAACUCUGCUUUGAUGUCUGCUUCCAAAUCAUCACUAAUCAAUGACAAGAGAGGCAUGUAAACAUUGUGGACGGAGACAAUUGUGGUUCUGGGUUUUGGUUUAAGGGGGAACAUUUGUCUUGUUACACAGACAAAGUGUUCCCUCUCUGCAUACAGUAUAAUGAUAAUUUAAUUCUUCCACAGCACCCAUUGCAGACAAAAUCCGAAAACCCAAACUUUUAAAGGCACAGCCGAGGAAGGUGGUCUUGGUAAGUCUCCUGAUUCUUACAUAGAAUUUGUUAGGUACAUUAUUUCUGUAGAGGGCUGUCCAGAAAUCUAACAUUUUCCUUCAAGUUGUUUUACUUUAAGUAUUUACUUUAUUUGAUUUGUAUGCAUAUGUGACUGUUAUCCCAAGGUAAUUUUGUCCAGAAUCAUAUUGUAAUAGACCCAACAUGAAUAUCUCAAUUUACGAGUAUGGUCUUCACUCGCUUCCUUUUCUUCUUGUCCCUUGCAGCCGAAGAUUGCAGAGGAGAGCCUGACAUAUGCAGAGCUGGAGCUGGUCAGGCCUCUGCCGGACAACAAAGCCUUGUGCACAGGCACUGUGUACGCUGAGAUCCUCUUUAAGGAGAGGCAAGUGUGAGAAACACACCACUAAUAACUUUAGACUGUAGCUCAUGUACAUGUUAUAUUUAUGAUCAGUAUUAUUGUUUUAUAUUGUGUAUUUCAGUCAAUGGUUGGAAAGUAGUUUCUUUACAAAGCCCAAAUGAGAUGAGAUACAAAUGUGUUUUAUAUACUGAAAUGUUGAAUUUUUAUUUUACAUAAGACAUUUGAUAUUCUUAUUUUUUUAUAUGUUCAACCCAAAUGCCUUCUCCCCCAAAACAUCUGCAUGAUGUCUGUUAUGUUCUGCUAUGUAAUUACUGCAGUACUGCAGCUGCAAAGGUUGACAUUAAGGCAACAAUUAGCCACCUGCCCUAAGGAGAUACGUUUGUGUUAUCACGCCAGCGCUUUCAACUGGUGCCAAAGUCAACGGGCUCUUGGGACACACUGUACCCAGAGCUGUGAUCAGCUGUGAUGGACCAGUUUAACUGGCUGCAAACUAAAGGCCUUGUUUGGUUUGACUUGUUUAUAGAACCAGCGUAUACCUCUCACCUUAUGAUUACAUAGCAGAUCAUUAAUUAAGGUUGUUUUGUAUGUAGUUUUUAUAAGAACUACGCCAAUGACCAAAUGUCAAUAUAGGUACAGCUGAUAUUUUGUCUUCUGGUUUUUACUUUUCCGUGAAUUUAAGUGUGUGUAAAAAUGCUCAGACAAUGUAUUUCCCUGUUUAAUGACCCCUUGGAUUUAACUAUGGAAAAGCGAGCAAAACACCAGGAUUUUCUUUCUCCCCCAGUGAACUUGAAACGCCAGACAUUCAGGCACCAUAACCAUCCCCUCCCCCAUCUCUCUCUCUCUAUCAUACAUGAAGAUCUAUACAUCGAUAAUCCCCAGAGUGGGAUUGUGCAUUGAGACGAUUCCAUGUAGGAAAAACCAAUCCUUCCCACAUACAUUGACCACAACGAACUCUAAAUCUAUCUACACAAAUCUACACAAUGACUCAAAGUAAACUUCCUGGGGUGAGAGAAAUUUCUUAAAACCUUUUUAAACUGUGAAAAAAUGAAAGUCUCCUCCAAACCACAUUGGACUUAAUGGGAGGCCAUUGCAUGGACCACUAACUACAACCAUAUGUGAACGCUGAACUCUGCACUUUCCUCUGCACUUUUCCUCUGCUGUUUGUUUCAAGCAGAGAGUGCUGUCCUCCGCACCCAUCAACAUUCCUCUCCAUUCCAUUUGGAGCUCCUCUGUUGUUGUUUUUUUUUUUCAUUUGAACUGACAUAUGAGUGUUUGUGUAUGUAAUGUAUCAUAUGUACCAUGUGCUGUAUAAACAUAAAGCGGAUAUGUAUGGUUAGUGGUUAUGUAUGGUCAGUGUGUUUUCCUUGUGCUUUCUUCCAAACCUC